UACACCAGAAGUUUUACUGGUUGCAAAGCUUUUAGAAACAUUUUUCUGAUUUUUGUUGACAUUUCAAUUCCUAAGUUGUAAUCUCAUCAAUUAUUUAUAAUUUAAUAAUGUUAACUAUACACGUUUAGUGAGGUCCGAGUGCUCUUAGUUUUACACUAACACUACACAACCAAAAAUGGGGUGGCUAUGGAUGUUGUUUGGAAACGCAUUGUUUGUUUUAUGUAAAAGUUCACGUGUUACAGUGUACCAAGGGGAUACUUUACCUCACCAUGGCCGGUGUGAACCUAUAACGAUACAAUUUUGCCAACAGAUACAGUACAAUCAAACCAUUUUUCCAAACUUGCUGAACCACGCAAAGCAAGAGGAUGCUGGUUCUUAUGUUCAUCAAUUCACACCUCUUGUAAAAGUAAACUGCUCGCCGGACCUGAAAUUCUUUUUAUGCUCAGUUUAUGCCCCCGUCUGUACAAUAUUAAACAAACCUAUUCCGCCUUGCCGUCAUUUAUGCGAAUCUGCUAGACACAAUUGUGAUGCGGUAAUAAUAGGUUUUGGACAUGUAUGGCCUGAGGAAUUAGAGUGUUCAAAAUUUCCAGUAGUGACAGAUGAAAAUGUUAUAUGUGUCGGAGAUAACAAUGCAACUCAGGAAUCUCGAAAAGCUGCCGUGACAAAACUGCCGAAAGUAGAUUACAAGUCUAAUAUUGAUAGAGAUCCUACAAAAUUACAAGGUGCAAAAGACCUCGGAUUUGUCUGUCCAGUUCACUUCAAGAUACCCAAGAACUUAGAUUUGGAAUAUUCACUGAAAGUUGGUGAUAAAAUUGAAUUUGAUUGUGGAGCACCAUGCAAUGGAAUGUUUUUUAGUGACAAUGAAAAGAGUUUUGCAAGAUCAUGGAUUGCUAUUUGGGCUGCUUUGUGUUCAGUCAGUUGCUUGUUUACUGUUUUGACAUUCCUAAUAGAUACUGAUAGAUUUCGAUAUCCAGAGAGGCCCAUAAUUUUUCUGUCAGUGUGUUAUCUUAUGGUUGCUGGAGCUUAUGUUAUGGGAUGGGGUGCCGGAGACUCUGUCAGUUGUCAAGGUCCCUUUGCAUCAACAGUUAGUGGAACCAGAUUGCCCAACAUCUCAGUAAUUACUCAAGGGACAAAACAUGAGCCCUGCACAAUUCUUUUUAUGAUUGUAUAUUUCUUCAGUAUGGCAUCUAGUAUAUGGUGGGUUAUUUUAACCCUGACUUGGUUUUUAGCAGCUGGCCUUAAAUGGGGCCAUGAAGCUAUACAAGCUAACUCUCAAUACUUCCAUCUAGCUGCUUGGGCAGUUCCUGCCAUUAAAACUAUAUCAAUAUUGGCAAUGGGUAAAGUUGACGGUGACAUAUUGUCUGGUGUAUGCUAUGUUGGGCUAUGGGAUGCAGAAGCUCUACGUGGAUUUGUGUUGGCACCAUUGUGUGUUUAUUUAGUUUUAGGCACAAUAUUCUUGAUGGCUGGUUUUGUUUCACUCUUCCGAAUAAGAACAGUUAUGAAACAUGAUGGCACCAAAACUGAUAAAUUAGAAAAGUUAAUGAUACGCAUAGGAAUAUUUGGUGUAUUGUAUACAGUCCCAGCUUUAAUUGUGAUUUCAUGUUUAUUUUAUGAACAAGCAUAUUUUGACACAUGGAUGGUUACAUGGCACCGUGACAUGUGUUCAACUCCUCUCUAUUCCAUUCCAUGCCCAUUCACACACCAGGAGACCGAGAGACCUAAAUUUGAAAUCUUCAUGAUAAAGUAUCUUAUGACAAUGAUUGUUGGAAUCACAUCAAGUUUUUGGAUUUGGUCUGGUAAGACUCUGAUUUCUUGGCAUCAAUUUUUUGACAAAAUAAGAGGAAGACGUGUUGAAGCAUAUGUCUGAUGUUUCAUUUUCAUUAAGUAUGGAUGUAAUGUUCUAAUUUGUGAUAUUGAUGACAAAAUGUAAUAGAAUGUUUUUUAUCUGAAGUACUAUUGGUGCCAAUUCAGUUGUACAUAAGUCUCUAAACUUUACCAACAUAUCUAAAAAUAGUGCUAUACUUUUUCACUAGAUACAGUAUGUGAAGGACAUACUACUUCCAGACUACUUUUAGAAAUGCCUAUUGUGUUUAGUAUAGAUAUUAUGUACAACUAAAUCUGCACCUAUGUUGAGGAAAAUAAUUUUAUAAGAGUUUUAUUGUUAUACUUUAAAACGGGGCUGCUAUGACAAGAUGUAACUCAUAGUUUUUUUACAAAUCAUAACUUUUUUACGUAAGUAUUAAUACACUAUUUUACUGUAUUUUUUUAUUCAUUAAGAUCACUCUUGAGAUUAUUUAUAAGGCUGAUAGUGUAAAUAUUAUCAUAAACUUUUAUUUUAAUACCAGUAAGUACUAGUAUAAGUAACAUUAGGUGUCAUAAAUGUACAUACCUAUUAAAUCAUAUUUUUUGUAUUUAAAUAUCUUUCAUUUGCUAGUUUCCAGAUUUAUUUGAAGUGAUUUUAUCUUUCCUGUAAUUAUUUAAACGUCACAAAAGAAGAAAUUAGAAUCCAGUACUUAAAGGUCCUUUUUA